AUGGUUCACUGCCCGAUUUGUGAAAAGUCGGUUCCACAACUGAAGAUCAAUGAUCAUAUCGACUCCGGCUGUCAGAAUUUCAUCGAACCAUCCUCUCCAGGCUCCCAAAAACCAGUCCCCAGCAUCUUCCAACCACCCUCGGCACGCAAAGCUUCACAGUCAACUACUACGAAGGAACCAAACCCGGUCACCCCACGACCCCUGAAUGGCAAGAGGUCAUUUGUCCACGAAAAUGAACCACAAACAGCAGGACCGAAGCCAACAAACGGGGACGUCAAAGAACCACAGGCAAAGCGUCCCAAGGUCAAUGCUUUCCAUAAAGCAGCGCCUCUGGCGGAACGCAUGCGGCCCAAGACCCUAGAAGAAGUGUGUGGCCAAGAACUCGUCGGCCCGGACGGGGUUCUCCGUGGACUUAUCGAACAAGAUAGAGUACCAAGUAUGAUUCUGUGGGGUGGUGCAGGGACAGGGAAAACGACGAUUGCCCGAGUAAUUGCGUCGCUGGUCGGCAGCAGAUUCGUGGAGAUCAACAGCACGAGCAGUGGUGUGGCAGAAUGCAAGAAGAUUUUUGCCGAAGCCCGCAGUGAGUUGGGCCUUACCGGAAGGAAAACGAUCAUCUUCUGCGAUGAGAUUCACCGCUUCUCAAAAUCACAACAAGAUGUUUUUCUGGCCCCUGUAGAGAGCGGCCAGGUCACGCUCAUCGGUGCCACGACGGAAAACCCAUCGUUCAAAGUCCAAAAUGCACUGCUCUCGCGGUGUCGCACCUUCACUCUGGCGAAGCUCACCGAUGAGGACAUCACUUCGAUUCUUCAGCGUGCUCUCCGAGUCGAAGGCCCGAGCUAUGCACCUUCGGGACUAGUCGACGAUGAGCUGGUGCGGUAUCUCGCUCGAUUUGCGGAUGGUGAUGCUCGGACCUCGCUGAAUCUACUCGAAUUAGCAAUGGAUCUGUCAAAGAGACCUGGAAUGGACAAGGAUGUUCUGAAAAAAUCACUGACCAAGACACUGGUCUAUGACCGUGCUGGAGACCAGCACUAUGAUACGAUUUCCGCCUUCCACAAGUCGAUUCGAGGCAGCGAUCCAGAUGCGGCGCUCUACUACCUUGCUCGCAUGAUUCAGUCCGGCGAGGACCCGCUGUAUAUCUCCAGACGGCUCAUCGUAGUCGCUUCGGAGGAUAUCGGGCUGGCUGACAACACGAUGCUCUCGCUUGCCAUCGCCACACAUUCCGCGGUGGAAAAGAUCGGGCUCCCAGAGGCACGAAUCAAUCUUGCACAUGCGACCGUGGCCAUGGCGCUGUCAAAGAAGAGUACGCGGGCGUACCGUGGAUUGAAUAACGUGAAUGCCGCGUUGAAUGAGCCAGGAAUCGCAGGGCUGCCGGUUCCUGUCCACCUGAGAAAUGCCCCGACCAAGCUCAUGAAGGAGCUUGGAUACGGCGCUGAGUACAAAUACAAUCCAAACUACGUCGAUGGGAAGGUACAGCAGGAUUACCUGCCUGAGCAACUGCUUGGUCGUACUUUCCUGGAGGACUUGGACUUGGGGACGCAAAGAGACCGAGACCUGAACAUCUCACGGCGGUAA